GGACAGCGCAGGGCCAUGGCCGAGGCGGCCCCGGCUCCGGUGAGAGCGGCCCGCGCGCGCACGGACGCGCGGACUCGGGGCCCGGGGGACGGCCUGCGCGUCCCGGGCUCGGCGGCCCGGCCUGGGGUCUCGGUCCAGCAGCUGGACAUGGAGACCCAGCGCUCAUCACCUCUGUCAUUCCCCAGUGUCCUGCAAGAAGAAACCCCACGUCAGGCCCCGGCCGGACUCCCUCAAGAAACUCUGUUCCAACCCCACGUUCUCCCCCCGAGAGAAAUUCCUUCUUUGACUCCUGCUGUUCCCCGGCAAGGCUCCCUACCCCAGACUCCCAGUGUUCCCAAGCAAGAGACUUCUGGCCGAAUGCCGCCUGUUCUCCAGAAGGGACCCUCACUCCUGUAUCCGGCCGCUUCUGAGCAAGAGACUCAUCUCCAGGGCCCCCUUACUUCCCAGGAAGAGACCCCGUACCCCGCCCCAGCUGCUGCUGAACAAGAGAUCUCGCUUCUCUCCCACUCCAGCCACCAUCAAGAAGCCCGACUCCACUCCCCUGAAGUUCCUGAGAAAGACCCCCUGACCCUUUCCCCUACAGCUCCCGAGACCGACAUGGACUCCCUGCUCCAGAGCCCUGUUUCCCAAAAGGACGCCCCCUUCCAGAUGUCUUCUGCGGCCCAGAAGGACACACCACUCCCGACGGCGGAGAUCACCCGCUUGGCCGUGUGGGCUGCCGUCCAAGCGGUGGAGAGGAAACUGGAGGCCCAAGCCAUGCGGCUCCUGACCCUGGAGGGCCGGACGGGGACAAAUGAGAAGAAGAUAGCCGACUGCGAGAAGACGGCCGUGGAGUUCGCAAACCACCUGGAGAGCAAAUGGGUGGUGCUGGGCACCCUGCUGCAGGAGUACGGGCUGCUGCAGAGGCGGCUGGAGAACAUGGAGAACCUGCUGAAGAACAGGAACUUCUGGAUCCUACGGCUGCCCCCGGGCAGCAACGGAGAAGUCCCCAAGGUCCCUGUCACAUUCGAUGACGUCGCUGUGCACUUCUCGGAGCAGGAGUGGGGCAACCUGUCUGAGUGGCAGAAGGAGCUGUACAAGAACGUGAUGCGGGGCAACUACGAGUCUCUGGUCUCCAUGGACUAUGCAAUUUCCAAACCAGACCUCAUGUCACAGAUGGAGCGCGGGGAGAGGCCGGUCAUGCAGGAGCAGGAGGACUCUGAGGAGGGCGAGACACCUGCAGAUCCCAGUGCUGCACACGACGGGAUCGUGAUCAAGAUCGAGGUGCAGACCAACGACGAGGGCUCAGAGAGUCUGGAGACGCCGGAGCCCCUGAUGGGACAGGUGGAGGAGCACGGCUUCCAGGACUCGGAGCUGGGCGACCCGUGCGCAGAGCAGCCAGACCUGGACAUGCAGGAGCAGGAGAACACGCUGGAGGAGUCCACGGAGGGCUCCAGCGAGUUCAGCGAGCUCAAGCAGAUGCUGGUGCAGCAGAGGAGCUGCGCGGAGGGGAUCGUGAUCAAAACAGAGGAGCAGGAGGACGAGGAGGAAGAAGAGGAGGAGGACGAGCUGCCGCAGCACUUGCAGUCCCUCGGGCAGCUGUCCGGGAGGUACGAGGCCAGUAUGUACCAGACCCCGCUGCCAGGGGAGCUGUCCCCCGAGGGCGAGGAGAGCCCCCCGCCCCUGCAGCUGGGCAACCCGGCAGUGAAGAGGCUGGCUCCCCCGGCCCACGGGGAGCGGCACCUGGGCGAGAACCGGGGCGGGGGCAGCCAGCAGCAGCGGAACCGGCGCGGGGAGCGGCCCUUCACCUGCAUGGAGUGCGGCAAGAGCUUCCGGCUGAAGAUCAACCUCAUCAUCCACCAGCGCAACCACAUCAAGGAGGGGCCCUACGAGUGCGCCGAGUGCGAGAUCAGCUUCCGGCACAAGCAGCAGCUCACGCUGCACCAGCGCAUCCACCGCGUCCGCGGCGGCUACGCGUCGCCCGAGCGCGGGUCCGGCUUCGCCCCCAAGCACGCGCUCAAGCCGCGCCCCAAGUCGCCCAGCUCGGGCAGUGGUGGCGGCGGCCCCAAGCCCUACAAGUGCCCCGAGUGCGACAGCAGCUUCAGCCACAAGUCGAGCCUGACCAAGCACCAGAUCACGCACACGGGCGAGCGGCCCUACACGUGCCCCGAGUGCAAGAAGAGCUUCCGCCUGCACAUCAGCCUGGUCAUCCACCAGCGCGUGCACGCCGGCAAGCACGAGGUCUCCUUCAUCUGCAGCCUGUGCGGCAAGAGCUUCAGCCGCCCGUCGCACCUGCUGCGCCACCAGCGGACUCACACGGGCGAGCGGCCCUUCAAGUGCCCCGAGUGCGAGAAGAGCUUCAGCGAGAAGUCCAAGCUCACCAACCACUGCCGCGUGCACUCGCGUGAGCGGCCGCACGCCUGCCCCGAGUGCGGCAAGAGCUUCAUCCGCAAGCACCACCUGCUGGAGCAUCGGCGCAUCCACACGGGCGAGCGGCCCUACCACUGCGCUGAGUGCGGCAAGCGCUUCACGCAGAAGCAUCACCUGCUGGAGCACCAGCGCGCGCACACGGGCGAGCGGCCCUACCCCUGCACGCACUGCGCUAAGUGCUUCCGCUACAAGCAGUCGCUCAAGUACCACCUGCGGACCCACACGGGCGAGUGAGCGCGGCCCAGCCCACCCCGGGGUGCCCCGAGCCCCCUGCUGUGAGCCCCCCCUCCCUUCAUCCCUCCUCCCCAGGACACGUGGGGUAGUGAGACCGGGUCGCUGGCUGCCGUGUCCACCCGGGGCCCCAGGGAGGGGAGAGCGCGGACCUGGGGAACCCCUUCGGGCUGUUAAUUUCGUUGACAAUAAAAUGGAUGAAACCAA